GUCUCCCCUAAUAUGUACGAUGUGUGCUGUUCACGAAUAUUAGUAUCCUGACGUUCGAACGAACGGAUCAGUCUGUUAGCAACCGCUGAAGAGUGACUAACAAACUUUUCGUGUGCUUACGAAAGAAAAAUAUUUCGAGGUGGACUACGAUAUUAUUGAAAUCGACGAGUCGUAGAACAAAAUAAAGAAGGUCGACGCUUUUUCUCACCUGAUUUUAUAGAGUUGUCAAGACAAAUUUAAUAUGCUGACUGCAUCAUUAUGCAUUUUGUCGGUCCUAUGGGCCCAAAAAACAAUGGGAAGCGUGCUUGUUGCUGAUACAACAAUGUCCAGAAUGGUAGAAUUAAAUGCUGGCGAACCAAUAUGUUCACUUUAUAAUGAUCGAGGUGUAAUCCAAAGAAUGAUACUCGGUGCAGAUCCAAAGAAAGUUCGGCAAAUGCCAAGCAAUCUCGUUGCUGAUCUCGAAGAAACUUGUUUGGCUUCUAAAAAUCGAACAUCGGGAGGUGGAUUAAUAUAUCCUGGAACAAAAUGGUGCGGACCUGGAAAUGUGGCAAGUUCUUACGAUGAUUUAGGUCAUCAUGCGGCAGAAGAUGCAUGCUGCAGGGAACACGAUCAUUGCCCAAUAGCGAUAUCACCUCAGCAAUGUAUUCAUGGUAUAUGUAACAAUUCACCUUUCAUACGUUCGCAUUGCGAUUGCGACGCCAAGUUUCGAAGAUGUUUGCAAAAUCUUAAUACCGAGGUUGCCAACACUAUCGGUGCCCUUUUCUUCAAUGUUAUACAAGUAACUUGUUUCAAAGAAAGACGACCAUGUUCCCAAUGGCAAAGGAAUGGUUACGACGAAGCAGAGUCAAAUAGAUUGUGCUCGCAGUAUAAGUUUCGGCCAAGUGAAAAAUACGUGCCGUUAAUGCCAUUGAAUAUGAAUAUAUGAAUUCGAAAGCAGCAAAAGGACAGCCCAGGUGGUAGUUAAAAAAAAAAGAAAA